UUGAUCGUCAACCACAGUAGACACCAGCCGACCACAGCCAACGCAGACCCAACCAACGCAGAGCCAAAAUGCCUUUCAAGCCACACUACCUGUUGGUCGCCCUGACACUCUGCUGGUUCGUGACUCUUCAAGCAUUCCCCAUGAUUGGCUGUGCUGCAUGUUCGAAGUGUCGCUGCAUUCGGACGUCCUCUGAUUUCAUCUCUCCUAGGCUGUACCACAAGAUAGAGAUCUUAACUCCAGGAGCCCACUGUCGCCAAACAGAGAUCAUCAUUACCAAGAAGGACAAAGCCACCGUCUGUGUGACUCCAGAUGCAAGAUGGAUCAAAAAAGUCAUUUCCAAGUUACAAAGUAACAACAAGAAGAAGAGAAGUGCAGAUGUCUAAACCACCAUCGAGUCAAUUCGAACAGAAAUGUAUAAAUAAAAUGCACAUCAUAGUUCAAUCUGGAGCUAAAUGGAAUGCGCACAACAUGAGUGCAUGUAAUACCAAUGCAUUACAUUCUAAUAUGAUGCUAAUACCAAAUGAAUUAGUUUCUCUUAAAUGAUCUCAGUAUGUAAUGAAUGUGAUUAUUUCAUUUCUUUAUCAUGUAUUGUAUUGUAAAUAAACACAACCUAUACAAUAUGUACUUUUAAAAAAUGACAAUUUUAUUGCCUGAGGAGGAAGGGUGAAAGACAAUAAUACAAUUUCUGAUGCACAUGUAUACUAUCUAGUUGAUGUGAGCAUAAAACAAUAAAACAACAAAGCUAUAGUAAGUCAGCACCUCCACCUCUGAUUGGUUGACAGACAGAUUCCACUCCCAGUAAGAGGUGGGACUGGGGUGGUCAUAGUUGACCUGCUCUUUGGGGGUCAUAGGUUAUUUUCAAACCUCCUGGUCGUAGUUGAGGCCUUGUGUCCACAGAGAUAGAGGAAUGUAGAGGGAUAUAACCCGUUUUAACAUGGACAGAGGAAUGUAGAUGGAUAUAACCCGUUUUAACAUGGACAUUGCCAUUGAGGACUUUCACCAUUUUAAAGUAGUCAACUGGGAGUGCAUUCCAAUGGGGUUGGGAGCGAUCAGCCAAUGAACAGAGCAUUGUCUUCUUCUUCAAAUUGGGUUGGCUAUGGUUAGUAAACGCUAUAUCACCGCCAUCUGGUGGCCACAAUAAAUAAAGUACAAGGUUUGGUAAAGGACUCCAGCACUGCAGGUGGCGUUUAAUCACUAAUAUUAGCGAUACACUUUUUUCAAACACAAAAGAAGAAGAAAAUGGACAACUUUAAAAUGGAGACAGCAUCAAUGGUGCUCUCAGACGGCAUAAUGGCAUUGAUACAAAGAGCUCCCGAGUGGCGCAGUGGUCUAAGGCACUGCAUCGCAGUGCUAGCUGUGCCACUAGAGAUCCUGGUUCG